AAAUGCCUCCACACCACUCGUUCCAAACUUCCCCAGAUUUCUCCAUCUUCCAGUAACCACCUAUAUAUAUAUAUACAUAUAUCCUGCAACCACUAUAUUGACAGCAUAUCAAACACUGCACUUCUUGAGUGAUUCUGAGGAAAUACCUUGUUUUCUUCUGAUCUGAACCAGCAAUCUCCUUUCGUGUUUGCAGUUCUUAAAGUGAUCAGUGUCUAAAAUGGCAAUCGGUCUCUCCGGUGUUUCUCAUGCUAAGCGGGUUCUUCGGCAUUCACUUUCGUUUGGUAGAGAAGGAAUGUCUUCAAAAACCCCGAAAGGCCAUCUUGCAGUUUAUGUUGGAGAGGAAGAGAAGAAGAGAUAUAUGGUGCCGAUAUCGUACCUGAACCACCCCUUGUUUCAAGACUUGCUUAACAGAGCAGAGGAGGAAUUCGGGUACCAUCACCCAAUGGGCGGACUCACGUUUCCCUGCACAGAGGAAACAUUUAUUGAUCUCGUUUCUCAGUUGAGUGGAUUGUGAAAAUCAGAGAAGUAGGACUAAGCUAAAACUGUUUUGUACAUCGGAUCUGGAAAAUCACCUGUACAGUACUUUUAUUCUUUUCUUGUACUAGAACAAUCUCAUGAAUGAAAUGAUGACCCGUUU